AUGACCACCCCAUCGCGUGAAGACUCUGUCUACCUCGCCAAGCUCGCCGAGCAGGCUGAGCGCUACGAGGAGAUGGUUGAGAACAUGAAGCGUGUGGCUUCGUCCAACCAGGAGCUGACUGUUGAGGAGCGCAACCUGCUCUCGGUCGCGUACAAGAACGUGAUUGGUGCUCGUCGCGCUUCGUGGCGCAUUGUCUCCUCGAUUGAACAGAAGGAGGAGUCGAAGGGUAACGAGACACAGGUCUCAAUGAUCAAGGUGUACCGCGAGAAGAUUGAGACUGAGCUCGCACAGAUCUGUGAGGAUAUCUUGCAGGUGCUCGACACCCACCUCAUUCCAUCGGCUGCCUCGGGUGAAAGCAAGGUAUUCUACCACAAGAUGAAGGGUGACUACCACCGCUAUCUCGCUGAAUUUGCUACGGGUGAGAAGCGGAAGGACUCCGCUGACAAGUCUCUGGAGUCGUACAAGGCUGCCUCGGAUGUGGCUGUCACGGAGUUGCCACCGACGCACCCUAUCCGUCUUGGUCUGGCUCUUAACUUCUCUGUCUUCUACUAUGAGAUCCUUAACUCGCCCGACCGUGCGUGCCAUCUCGCCAAGCAGGCGUUCGACGAUGCAAUUGCGGAGCUGGAUACCCUGUCGGAAGAGAGCUACAAGGACUCAACCCUGAUCAUGCAGCUUCUGCGUGACAACCUCACGCUCUGGACAAGCGACAUGCAGGAGACAGAGAAGCCUGCCGAGGGCGCCGCUGCGCCUGCCCCGCAGGCUGAGGCAGCUGCCGCACCUGCUGCGCAAGGUGGCGAGUCGAAGGGUGAGGAGGCCGCUUAA